UUCGCACAAAAUCAAUCACAGAAGCCAAAAGGCUUGACCUUUGCAUCUCAACAAGCAAGCUCUUAUUGUAGCGUUCAAUUCGACCAAUCCAACUCUCGAAUUUGAUGGCAGAGUCCAUGGCGGACAUACAGGGAAGAAAUUCCGGGACGGGGAACCGCCUGAGAUCCCCGACGAGACUACAGGAAAAAGCACCGGCAUCCAUACAGGUGAGCCGGGCGUCGUUCUCUUCCGGGUGGAAGAUAGCGAUCCCUCUUCUAACGCCGUUGGUGGUGUCGCCCACGUCGCCCAAUACAACGCAAUGGAUGGUGGAAGUGCUGAGAACUUCUUCUUCGUCUUCUUCAUCUUCUUCGUGCUCUGGAGAGGAAUCAAGACAGCAGCAGCAGCAGGAUCUGCAGAUACCAGAGGCGGAGAAGUCCAUUUUCAAGGGAUGGCAACAUCCAGCGGCCCCUUUCUUCUACGAACCGGCUCCUUUGGUUCUCCCCUUUUCAUAGAAUUCAGAGGAGAGAAAUGAGGGCCAUGCAUAUACAUUAAUUCAUGCAUGAUAUUAUGAUGUAUAUAUGUGUAGUACAGUACACAUAUCAUGUAUUUAUACUAACUAUGUAAUAUGUGAUUUUGAAUUGCAAUCUGAUCUGUGAAUACUAAUGAGUAAUGACCCAACAACAGCUCAUGCCACAGAUUUUUCUUCCUCUUC